GUUGACGGCACAACAGUCGACAUCCGGGAACAACAGCGCAGCAGAGCUCUGAGACAUGAUUGGUCAGAUUCCUGAUUGCGUGAACGAACACGGAAGUGAGGCGUCUCUGUGACGUGAAAAAAUGAUCGGAGAUCUGUUGAUAUUCGGGACCUUACUGGUGAAUGCAGGGGCUGUGCUGAACUUCAAGCUCAAAGGGAAGGAAUCUCAAGGGUUUGGAGAUGAGUCCAGAUCGCCGACAACAGGUGACAACAUCAGAGAGUUUCUGCUCAGCCUGCGAUACUUCCGAAUCUUCAUCGCUUUAUGGAAUAUCUUCAUAAUGUUCUGUAUGGUCAUAUUGUUUGGGUCUUGAUCAACAUUUUUGGCAAAUGGACUUCCAUCAGAAUGCUGAUUUUCCACAGUGGAUUCUUUAAACGUUUCCUUACUCUGGGUUUGAUGUUCUAGUGUCCCUUUUCAACUGUAAUUAAGGUGAAUUUUCUUUACAACCCCAAAUUGUAAAUCUGCUUCUGGCUGUACAGGAAUUUAUUGUAUUUAUUUUGUCCUACAGAACGUGUUACAUUUGUACCCAUUUUGAUCAAGCUGUAACUACACCCCUUGCUUUCGCUGGAUGUGUAUUUCAUGUGUCCCUUUGCCUCUUUAAAACAUGAGCUUUUUUCUUCAGCCUCCAGAGUUUUCUUUAAAAGAAACAGCAGGGUCGAAAAUGAGGGAUAACUUUUACUGACAGGAGGGAAAAUGUUUAUAUGUGAUUUGUAACCUGUGUGUCAUCAUAAAGGGUCCUGCAGGAAGCAAAUCAAUAAAAGCUGGUGGAGAAUCUGUUGACGUACCACGAUCAUCAGCUUAGCCGUCACAAUUAAGCUGAAUUCACUAUUGUCACUUAAUGAACUCUACAUCUCCUUUGUACAAACAUCUACACAUCUACCAGCUGUUAUGCUUUAAUAAUGUCGUGAUUAUAAUGGAGAUUAAAAAAAUAGAAAGGAAUCAA